CUUUCACUUGUUUGGCUAGGAAUAAAUCAUCAACCAUGGGCAUCAGUUAGUACUGUACCUACUUAGGCUAGGGUCUCCCAUCUUGCCCGCAUUACAGUAUUCCCUACCCGAACCUCGGAACAAGAUCCCAAGGCGGGGCAAUAAAUACAGUACAUACAGUGACCACCCCGACUGAAGAAAUUAUUUUGCCAUUACCCCGCCAGGAAUUGUGUAUUGUAAUUCUAUGCAAUUAGAAGCUACAGAACUCAACAUGCUCAGGCCUCUACUACGAAAUGUCGCAAAACAGUCGGUAGCUACAGCAGCCCGCCCUGUUGCAUCAAGAGGGUUCGCAACCAGUGCCUCUGCUCCAGCACCAACUCCAGCAUUCAACUGGGAGGAUCCGCUGAAUGCCAGAAAUCUGUUGACCGAAGAGGAAAUAUCAAUAUCAGAAACAGCAGAAGCAUACUGCCAAGAACGAAUCCUUCCUAGGGUCCUCCGUAAGUUGCUUGCGACACGAUCGCGAUUUUACUAAUGUUCUGCGACAGAGGCAUACCGAGACGAGAACUAUGACAGACAAAUCUUGGAAGAAAUGGGCGAACUCGGCUUACUUGGUGCAACAAUACAGGGAUACGACUGCGCAGGAGUCUCAAGUGUUGCCUCGGGGCUCAUCACGAAAGCCGUUGAAAGAGUAGACAGUGGCUAUAGAUCUGCCAUGUCAGUUCAAUCUGCCUUGGUGAUGGGUGGCAUUGAAGAAUUUGGAACACAAGAACAAAAGGAUAAAUUCCUACCAAAGAUGGCCAAAGGGAAGUUACUAGGUGCCUUUGGUCUCACAGAGCCAAAUCAUGGUAGUGAUCCAGGAUCUAUGGAGGCAAUUGCAAAGCCACAUCCAACUAAAAAGGGAUACUUGUCUCUCUCGGGCUCCAAGACUUGGAUUACAAACUCCCCUAUAGCCGAUGUAUUGUUGGUCUGGGCCAAAUAUCAAGAGACUGGCAAAAUCAGGGGUUUCUUGGUCGAAAGGUCAGAGUGCCCACCUGGUACAUUGGAGACACCUGCUAUCAAAGACAAGAACGGGCUCCGAGCUUCUUUGACGGGAAUGAUACAUCUUGAUGAGUGUCCUAUCCCAGAAGCCAAUAUGUUCCCUGAUGUGGAGGGUCUUACAGGUCCAUUUACUUGUUUGAAUGGUGCCAGAUACGGUAUUGCCUGGGGAGUUAUGGGUGCCCUAGAGGACUGCAUUGCUAGAUCGAGGACAUAUGCUCUGGAAAGAAAGCAAUUUAAAGGUAAUCCAAUUGCCAAAUAUCAGUUGGUGCAAAAGAAGUUGGCGGAUGCAACCACAGACGCAACUUAUGGUACCUUGGCUGCUCUCCAAGUUGGAAGAUUAAAAGAUCAGGGGAAAGCCACACCGGAAAUGAUCAGUAUGAUCAAGCGGCAGAAUUGUGAUCGUGCUUUAUCGAACGCUAGGACAUUACAAGAAGUUUUCGGUGGCAAUGCUGUGAGUGAUGAGUAUGGGAUUGGAAGACAUGUGGCGAAUUUGUUUGUAACUCAGACGUACGAGGGGCAAAGCGACAUUCACAGUGAGUUGUUUUCUUAUGAUGUGACGCUCGAAGAUUCAAUGAUGCUGACAAAUACAAGGUCUUAUUCUGGGAAGAGCCAUUACUGGACUCCAGGCAUUUGUGUAGAAAUGAAGAGUAGAGGUAGAUGGAAGGAAACACAGAACUGAAUAGAGUACUUGAGUGCUUGUGUGACACGACUAUAAAUAAAUUUGGUAGCAAAAUCUGGU